UAUCGGGACAUGCUCAUUCACGUUCAAAUAUUGUAUACAAUGACACAGCGUGUUUCAGCGAUCGAUCUGUUUACAUGUAUCGACUAAAAAGACGGAUUGGUAAAGAAUGCUUCAUUUAUAACAUCUUGACUGAUAACACACUUGGUUUAUCGGACUAACAGGUGCACUGUCUCGAUCGUAAAUCUAACCUCUAAAUACACACAUUGUAGACGCCUAACAAAGGGACGCAAAAUUAAUAACUAAUUAUGGGAAGUCAAAUCUAUGUGAUGACGUCAUCGUAAGAAUGUCACAAGGUCUCGAGAUUCACGAUGCCGCCUCAACGGGCGAUUUCGACUCCCUAGAAGAGUAUUUAAAGAGCGGAAAGUUUGACGUCAACAUGCGAGAUGAAGAAUGGGGAAGCAGAACAGCCCUUCACUGGGCAUGUGCAAAGGGGUACGUAGAGUGCAUACGUCUGCUAUUGGACUACGGUGCUAUAGGAACAGCCCGAAAUGAUUCCGGCUGGACCCCGGCCCAUUUCGCGGCGGAGACGGGGAAGCUAACGUCUCUACGGGCGCUUUAUAACGCCAACGUCCCCAUUGGUUUACAAGACAAAUACGGCGACACGCCCAGACGGAUUGCCCAGAUGUACGGCCAUACUGAAUGUGUAAAGUUCUUUGACCAUGCUCUUGAAGACCAGAGAGAAAAAGGUAUCAACAACGAUGAAGCAUUUGAACCUGAACGCGAGACCUGAGCACGUGUCAUCUCCGGAGAAUAUUGAUCUUGUUAUUGGCAUUCUUUUAUAUUUACUAUUACUACUGCUACAACAACUUCUAAUGCUACUAGUGCGCUCAUUUUUUUAUUAUCAACAUUGGUUUUUACACAUUAUAGUUAGAUUUUAUUUGAAAAGUCUUAUUGAAGGCUUAUGCAUUUUGAAAUGCUUGAUUACUAAUAUU